AUGGGGCCGGCAGAGGGGUUUAUUUAUAACUCGCUUUAAGGGAGGAUUCCAGAGUUUGAAAGGCAGAGCGAGAUUUAAGAUUAUAAAAAAAAUAAAACAAAUCGAAGGAGCCCUUUUGCAGAAGGAGGAGGGGCAGGGGCAGGGUUGAAGGGAAGGGAAGGGAAGGAAGGGGCGAGGCCCGGAGAAGGAGGAGAAGGAGAAGCCCAGGCCGGGACAACAGUCAACAGGACGCUGCUGGAGACAGUGUCUGUCCCCUGGCCUGACGCUGGUGUAACCCGGCCCGGCAUGGAGCCCGACUGCGGCCUGGAGCACUUCUUGCAGCAGGUGGCGCAGAGGGAUGUCAGCGGGCGGCUGCAGGUCGGCCAGGAGCUGGUCGAUUACCUGAGUGACCCCAGAAGGUCCAGCGAGGUGGUUCACGAUCACAAAAGCCAAGUGGACGGCAUCGUGGAUGAGCUAACGGGAUGGAUCAACUCCAGCAACUUCAAGGUUACACUACUUGGAUUAGAUAUUACAGGAGCACUUGUGGAUCGCAUUAAAGAUCGUUUUAAACCCCAUUUUGGAACAUUGCUGCCAGCACUUGUAGAUCGUUUAGGUGACACCAAAGAUCAAGUCAGAGAACAGACACAGAACCUACUUCUUCGUAUAAUGGACCAGGCUGCAUCACCCCAGUAUGUUUGGGAACGAUUAACAUCAGCAUUUAAACACAAGAACUAUCGAACUCGCGAUGGAGUCUGUCUUUGUCUCAUUACCACACUCACCAAUUAUGGAGCACAGUCAUUGACAUUAAGCAAAAUAGUACCACAUGUAUGCAAUCUCCUUGGGGAUCCAAAUAACCAGGUCAGGGAUGCAGCCAUGAAUACUAUGGUGGAGAUUUAUCGCCACGUUGGGGAGAAGGUCCGAGCUGACCUUAGCAGAAAAGGAGUUCCACAAGCACGUUUACAGAUACUGUUUGGAAAAUUUGAUGAUGUGCUGAAAUCUGGAAACAUGGUAUUGAGUUUCGGCUAUGAUAAAAGCUUCGAUGAUGAAGAGUCAGUGGAUGGAAGCAGACCAUCAGCGAGCUCUACACUCAAGGCAUCUGCUACCAAGAAAAUGGGAAGUGGAAGCAUUGGUGGGAAAAGAUCAGCUUCGGCACCUGGUUCCAAAGGGGCGUCAAAAGAUGGAGCACUGGAUGAGGAUGAUUUCACAAGAGCGUUUAAUGAUGUACCUACAGUGCAGAUUUUCUCCAACAGAGAACUUGAAGAAACAUUGAACAAAAUACGAGAAAUACUGUCUGAUGAUAAGCAUGACUGGGAUCAGCGAGCCAGCGCCCUCAAGAAGAUUCGAUCGCUGCUCAUUGCUGGAGCUGCAGAAUAUGACUGUUUUUUCCAACAUUUAAGAUUAUUGGAAGGAGCUUUCAAAUUAUCAGCUAAAGACCUCCGGUCACAAGUUGUCAGAGAAGCUUGUAUUACUGUAGCGCAACUGUCAACAAUUCUUGGCAACAAAUAUGAUCAUAGUGCUGAAGCCAUUGUGCCUACAUUAUUUAACCUGGUCCCAAACUGUGCAAAAGUGAUGGCAUCAUCUGGAGUAGCAGCAAUUAGGUGCAUCAUCCGUCACACCCAUGUUCCAAGGUUGAUUCCCUUAAUAACCAGCAAUUGUACUUCAAAAUCAGUGGCUGUGAGAAGGCGCUGUUAUGAUUUUUUAGAUUUGUUGUUGCAGGAAUGGCAAACACACUCUCUAGAAAGGCAUGUGACAGUUCUGGUCGAGACCAUUAAGAAGGGCAUUUCGGAUGCUGAUGCAGAAGCCAGACAAGAAGCUAGAAAAACCUACUGGAGUCUUCGGAACCAUUUCCCUGGAGAGGCUGAUGCAUUGUACAACUCUCUGGAGCCUUCGUAUCAAAAAGGUUUUCAUCUGAAGAGUUCCAGCAGUGCAGCUUCGCUUCCUCAUUCAGAUCGAUCAUCUUCCAGCUCACAAGAAAGCCUUAACCGUGCCUAUCCAGCGAAGUGGUCUGUUGCAAGUGGAAGUACAUCAAAAGGUCCAAGUACAAAGUGUGUAGCUACUCCUGGUGGUUUGCAGCGCUCUAGAAGUGACGUAGAUGUUAAUGCUGCUGCAUCUGCAAAAUCACGGCACACCACUGGGCAGUCAGGGGCGAGCCGCUUAACUGCGUCCAAUGCACCUGCAGCUGCUUUUUCUUCACUCGAUGAUGCAUCUGACAAAACAGAUGGUCGAAUUCGAAACCGACAACUACUUUUGGGACCUGCCACUGGUGGUGGAGGUGGUGGAGACUCUGCGGAUUCCAGAGGCCGAAGUCGUACCAAAGUGGUGUCACAAUCACAGCGUUUAACAUCCUCUGAAGAUAACAAAGCUGCCAGUCGCUCUGGUUCUCCUGGAAGAGUAUUAAGCAGCACAGCACUUUCAACGAUGAGCGUUGGGGCUCAGCGGGUUAUUCCCACUGGCGCUUCAGGGCAGAAACGCAGUAAGAUACCACGGAGUCAAGGAUGCAGCAGAGAAGCAAGCCCAUCUCGAUUGUCUUUGGUUCGGGGCAGCCGUAUCCCUCGACCUAGCGUAAGUCAGGGCUGCAGCAGGGAUGCAAGCCGUGAGAGCAGCCGGGACACCAGUCCUGUUCGAGCCUUUACUCCACUUGCUUCCAGACAUCACUCCAGAUCCACUGGUGCUCUCUACAGCUCAGAUACAUACUCAACUUCAGUCGGGUCUGAUCGUUAUGGGUUUAAUCACUCAAGUAAAUUGUCUGCAUCAGUGAGUGCCAUGCGAGUCCUCAAUACAGGAUCUGAUGUAGAGGAAGCGGUUGCAGAUGCAUUGCUCCUAGGAGACAUAAGGAGUAAGAAAAAGCCAACAAGGAAAAGGUACGAAUCAUAUGGAAUAUACUCAGACGAUGAUGCCAAUAGUGAUGCAUCUAGUGUUUGUUCUGAGCGUUCGUACAGUUCUCGAAAUGGCAGCAUCCCGACGUACAUGAGGCAGACUGAAGAUGUAGCUGAGGUCCUUAACCGCUGUGCGAGCACCAAUUUUUCUGAACGGAAAGAGGGCCUGCUAGGUUUACAGAAUUUAUUGAAGAACCAACGCACAUUAAGUCGUGUUGAAUUGAAAAGAUUAUGCGAAAUCUUCACGAGAAUGUUUGCAGAUCCACACAGCAAGGUUUUCAGCAUGUUUUUGGAAACACUGGUCGAUUUCAUUCAUGUACAUAAGGAAGACCUUCAAGAUUGGCUGUUUGUUCUGCUGACUCAAUUAUUGAAGAAAAUGGGUGCAGAUUUGCUUGGUUCUGUACAGGCAAAAGUACAGAAAUCACUUGAUAUAGCAAGGGAGAGUUUUCCAAAUGACCUUCAGUUCAGUAUUUUGAUGAGAUUCACAGUUGAUCAGACGCAGACUCCAAAUUUGAAGGUGAAAGUUGCCAUUUUGAAGUAUAUUGAGAUCUUGACCAUACAGAUGGAUCCGGCAGAUUUUGUAAAUUCCAGUGAAACACGCCUGGCAGUAUCACGAAUUAUCACAUGGACAACAGAACCAAAAAGCUCUGACGUUAGAAAGGCAGCUCAGGCAGUUUUAAUAUGCUUGUUUCAACUCAACACUCCAGAGUUCAGCAUGUUACUUGGAGCCCUACCCAAAACAUUCCAAGAUGGAGCUACCAAACUUCUUCAAACACAUCUUCGCAGUUUAGGCAGUACCAUCCAGGAACAAGUGGAGGCAGUACGUCGGCAGGUGAAGACGGCUGCACUGGAACAGGGAUCUGGAAAUAGUUCCUUAGCCCGAAACGCACCACGUUCACCUGCAGGUUGGACCAGUCCCCUAACGUCACCAACCAACACAACUCAGAACGCUCUACCACCAAGCAGUGCAUUUAACUAUGAUGCAGAAAACAUGAACUCAGAAGAAAUAUACUGCUCUCUCCGAGGCAUGACGGAAGCAAUCCAAAACUUUAGCCUCCUUAGUCAAGAAGAAAUGAAUGAACCUUUGAAACGAGAUGCUAAAAAAGAGGAGGAUAUGGAACAGAUCACUGCUGGAGUUGCUGAUGUCAGAGGAGCUGGUGACACCACUGACUCAGGACGAAUUGCCCUUGACAAUAAAACUUCUAUGCUUAACACCAUGUCCCAGCGCAGUGGCUCCCGACCACGCGAUUACAGUCCCUACAACUGUACAGAUAGCACUUCUGUCAAUAAAUCUGCCUUAAAAGAAGCCAUGUUCGACGAUGAUGCCGAUCAAUUUCCUGAUGAUGCCUCUUUGGAUCAAUCCGAUUUGGUUGCGGAGCUGUUGAAGGAACUUUCCAAUCACAAUGAGAGAAUAGAGGAACGCAAAGCAGCAAUGUAUGAACUACUUAAAUCGAUUCAAGAAGAGUCAUUGGGAGUGUGGGAUGAACAUUUCAAAACUGUUUUGCUGCUGCUUCUCGAGACACUUGGAGAUAGAGAGCACACAAUCAGAGCUUUGGCACUGCGGGUUUUAAAAGAGAUUUUGAAACAUCAGCCAGAAAGAUUCAAAAAUUAUGCGGAACUCACUAUCAUAAGAACAUUGGAAGCUCACAAAGAUCCCCAAAAAGAGGUGGUAAGAGCUGCUGAAGAAGCUGCAACAGCCCUGGCCAAUUCUAUCAACCCUGAGCAAUGCAUUAAAGUACUUAGUCCUAUUAUCCAAACUGCAGAAUGCCCCAUCAACCUUGCAGCCAUCAAAAUGCAAACCAGGAUCAUCGAGAGAGUCCAUAAAGAGACUCUAAACCAGUUAUUACCUGAAAUUAUUCCAGGGUUGUUAAUGGGUUAUGACAACACGGAGAGCAGUGUUCGUAAAGCAAGUGUGUUUUGCCUCGUAGCCAUUUAUUCAGUUAUUGGUGAAGAUCUUAAACCCCAUCUUGGCCAACUCACAGGCAGCAAGAUGAAAUUGUUGAACUUGUACAUUAAACGUGCACAAACUGGUUCCAGCACAAGUGGUUCGGCAUCAGACCUCACUAGUCAGAGCUAGAGUUUAGCAGCUGCUUUAAAAUAGGUCUUCUGGGGAAGAAGAACUAGCUCUCGUGUGGAACUUGAUUCAUCACGGCUGGAACAGCAAUGACUUCCCUCAGUCUGCAUGUGACUGUUGCACCAACAUUUUUUCCAGAUUUGAGGAGACAGUACUAGCCAGUCCCGAUAACACUCAAACCUUCUCACCCAAGAUCUCUGCGUCUUAUAACUGAAGUUUACCAGUAUUACUGUCAUAUAAAUGAAAUGCUAAUUAUGAUUAAAAAGGAAUGCAUUCAGCUUCAGAAAAGUUUUUUUUGCUUCUAUCCAGCAGCUUUAUUGUUUCCAUUUGCAGCAUAAUUUGCUUCUGGUUAGAUUUCACUAAUAAUCACUGAAGCAGAAGCCUCCAGUAAACCAAACGGAACCAGAUUGAAGCAGAAACAAACUGCCUUGU